CAAUUACCAUUAGUUGCAGAAGAAACGUCUUCUAAAUUCAUCAAGCUUAUCGUUGAAGGAAAAAAAGAAGAAGAGGAAGGAGGGAGUGAGAGAGAGAGAUGGGAGAAGAUCCACAGAAAAUAAAGAAGAUCGCAGCAGCAGCAUACGAUUAUGAGAAUGAUUCGAGAUGGGCAGAUUACUGGUAUAAUAUACUCAUUCCUCCUCAUAUGGCUUCUCGUUCGGAUGUGGUUGAUCACUACAAGAAGAAGUUUUAUCAGCGUUAUAUAGACCCUGAUCUCGUGGUUGAAGCGAUGUCUUAUGGCAGUUCCUCUCAGUCAUCGAAGUCUUCAUCCACAUCGCAACCUGCUUCUGAACAAGCACGGGCUGGAAGCACAGGGGCAAGUACUAGAACAUCUGCCACAUCUGGAACUUCCACUACACCAGCUGCUAAUCCAAGUUCUCUGCGUUUGGAUCGACCAACCAUACAAUUUGCCGCCAAUGCUUGGGUGUUUAUCGUGGCAGUGCUUGCAAUCAUUCCUCUCACACCUAAAAAUCUUUCAAUUAGAGCAUAUCGAUUGUCUUUGAUGGGAACCACAUGUUCCUCUUUGUUUUCGUUGUACGGAGUCUACGGGAAACCUAGGGCAUGGAAUCUACAAGCUGUCCAAUUGUGGUUGCAUUCACUACUUGCAACCAAGGAUUUCAUCUACUUCAUUUACUGCCUUACUUUUGUCAGCUCCAACCUUAACAUGAAAUUUGCUUUAAUACCUGUGCUCUGCCGAUCGCUUGAACAUGUGGCGAAGUUCCUAAGGCACAAUUUCAGUCACUCAUCCUUGUAUAGGAAGUACUUGGAUGAGGCUUGUCUCUGGGUGGAAUCAAACACAACUACACUUGGUAUACUGACAUCUCAUGCAGAGAUCGGAGUUGGAUUUCUUUUCAUCAUUUCACUGUUCUCGUGGCAACGCAACAUUAUACAGACCUUCAUGUAUUGGCAGGUAUUGAAGUUCAUGUACCGUGCACCUGUAACCUCUGGGUAUCAUCAAAGUGCAUGGGCUAAAAUCGGUCGGACUAUUAAUCCUCUGGUCAAUCGCUACGCCCCGUUCUUGAACACUCCAUUAUCUGCUGCUCAGAGAUGGUGGUUGAGGUAAUACAACAACAACAAUAGUUAGACAAGGAGAUACAAAUGUAAAGUGGAUGAAGGGUUUAAAAGAAUCACAUGGGUUAACCUUUUCUCAGGAAUCUCUUUAUGGAAAAGUCUGAUUAUAAGAUUAGAUUAUGGAACCAUUUUGGUUAACUAGACUCGAGAUUAACACCUCCAUUUAACUCAAGGUCACCUUUAAAAAUUUAAAUCUGUUAAUGCUUUUGCUUUGUGGGUUUUUAUCGUUUCUUUUUUUCCAUGUUGUCUCCCACUCAUGUUCACUAAUGAGUCAGUUAAAGCAUGUACCUAGUUAUUUU